AGCCAGUAAAUAAAUAACGUUUGAAAGCUUGAUUAACUAAUUUUUUUGACAGUAUUGAUAUAAACCAGUGUCGCCCUCGGGAUCAGCACAUUCACCUUGGACAUCAGUAAAAUCAUUUGACUGUUUGACAAAUUAAGUUAACUUUUUUCGAUUGUGAUUCCCUAUUUUAAUAUGGUCCCUGUAAAUAAGUACGUCUUACCAUGUCUCAUUUGUUCCGUAAUUGCAGUGAUUUACAUGGGAUCCAUUCGUAUUUCCACACCAAAUCACGAUGCAACCAGAGAAUCAGUUUAUUUACAAGCGAUUGGCAUUGGAACUGCAAUCAUUUUCUCACUUUCCAUCUUAUUAAUGACUGGCCAUGUUACACCUAAAGUACUCAUCCCAUCUUUUUAUCUGGAUUUAAUUCCCAUUGGACUGAUAAUCAUCUUAUUUAGCGGACCCAUCAUUGACAGAUACAUGGCCGGUGAUCUUUGGGACGUACAAGCAUCUGAUUCAUCUCCAUUUUACACCUUUCUUCGCAUAAAUGUCUUUGGUCCUGCUGGUGAAGAAUAUGUUUACCGGUUUCUCAUGACAUUAGUAUUGACUCCAUGUGGUGAUGAACAUUUAACAGUCUUUAUAUCUUCAGUUCUUUUUAGCUUAAGCCAUUUUCCUGGUGACUUCAUAAAACUGGUGCUGGGUGGCGCGAAAUUACCAUGGAUUACUAUUGUUUUCCAUCUUUUACAAACCUUUCUCUUUGGAUGUUAUAAUUGUGCCAUUUAUUUGCGAUGUCAGUGUUUGGCUUCCGUAAUUGUAGUCCACUCAAUUUGUAACUGGAUGGGCUUACCUCAGAUUGAUCGGAUUUUUACCAACGCAUAUCUUGCGAUUAUAACGGUGCUUGGUUUAUCCUUGUUUACCAUUUUGUCUUUUACAUACUUGACCAGUUCGAAUGAACAGAGAAGGCCCACGCGUCUGUCCCAAGUUCCAUUAGAAGAUAAUCAGUCAGACGAUCUGUAAUUAUAAAAUUAAAAUAAUGAUUUAAUAAAAAGAACAACGAUCAGCUGUAUCCGCAAGAUAAAGAAAA